UGAUAAUUUCUAUGGUUGUUCUCUUGAAUCAUGGGAUAAACCUUGAUUUGAAACUACUGUGAUCAAUUUCAAUUGCUUUUCUCCGGGGGUCUAAUUUGGGGGUUUUCUGAACUCUGGCCGUUGAAAUCAAUCCAAUAACGAAUCUCCACAAGUUAUGGUGAAUCGGGCUUUUCUCUGAAUAGAUAUUGCUGAACUUAUCGGGGACUGACUCUGGGAGGAAAUGUAGCACCCAGGAACAUAUGUGUUUAGUGAUCUUGUCUUCUAAUGGCUGAUUUGAGGAAUGAUCAGAUUCGAAACUUGCAAAGAUUCGAUACCGUUUUCUGUAGAGUGAACCCGAUAGAAGGUUUUUGGAAAUGGGUUUUGCAUGGGAUUGAGGAAGGUAGGCUUGACUGUACAAAUCUCAGUUACUAGCCAAUUUUGUCUCAAGUCUUGUGAUUUCAGUGUUCUUUGUUCUAUAUUAGGUACAAGGCACUGAAAGGCAUUGGGGUUAUCUUUUCCGGAUGAAAUAGAUCGAGAACCUUUUCAGUCACAGGACUUUGUUCUUACAGGAACAUGAUUGCCGGCUUGGUCUCAAUUUCUGUGUUCUUUGUUCUCCGAGUUUUCCGAGCCGUGUUUCUGACUGAUGGUAGAUGACUCCAAGAAAAGGCAAAGACUUUGUUCAGGUGUUUGGAUGGUGAUCUAAUGGCUGAUUCUUCUCCAGAUUCGUCGGAUAAGUCUCAUCUAGUGGGUCUGAGACGCAUAAGUACCUCUCUUUUUAGUAUCCCGGGUUUCUUCGUGGGUUUUGGCUCUAAAGGCACGUCAGAACCCGAUGUAGGCAAAAGCCCUACAUCUUCUCUUGAUUUUGGAGUUUUUGCAAACUUUGGGGGCCUGUUUAGCCCUAGAUCUCCUGCUUGCUCGUCCCCCAGGAACAGCCAAAAGAACAAAUGGGGUUGUGAGAAAGUCGGACUUUCCAUUUUAAAUUCCCUGGGUAAGGACAGUGGACAAGGGAAUGAAGGUAAUAAUACCGAUUCAUUCAGAAAGGAAAACAUAGUUGUUACCCCACGAAUCAAGAUCGACAUUCGUAAAACCGCAAAGCUUUCCUGUGAAGUGAUGGAUCCUUCUGCAAAAUCCAAUUCUCUGCCCAAGAACUAUGUGGCUACUUCGCUAUGCGAGUCUGCAGACUUUCAAUCGCAGUCGAGUGACUUGGACGCUGCAUUCAGGGACGAGAGAGCGCCAGAGGAAUAUAGCUCACUGAUGAAACCAAGUUCAUCCCCGAUGAAUAUCACAUCCAGCCGGUUAUACUCUCGGUCCCUGUCUGCUCGUGAGAUGACACUUUCGGAGGACUAUACAUGUAUAAUAUCCCACGGGCCAAACCCAAAAACAACUCAUAUUUUUGGGGAGUGCAUUCUGGAUUGCGACCCCAAAGAGUUGGCGGGCUUUGACACAGCGGGAGAGGCUGGGAACCUGAAAGAGGAUCCAGAGCCGCCUAAUCAUCAUCUUUCGGAUUCUUCAAGCCAUCUGAAAGAGGGUCCAGAGGCGCCUAAUCAUCAUCUUUCGGAUUCUUCAAGCCAUAUCUGCUUGUGCAAGGAAGAAGCAGGAGAUGGAGAGAGCAUUCGUAUCAACAGAUUGGGCAACAGCCAGACCGGAGACUAUAUCGAUGCUUUGGAGGAGGAUGUAUGGCCUGGAUCAAGUUACCAUGAAGAUGUGUUUUCUCUUGGGAAUGCCUCUUAAGUCGUAAGAGGCGAGUGGUAUUUGUCUUUGUUUGCUGGACUCUCGAGUGUGGGCGUGACUGUGACAUAGUCGUGUAUUUUGGCAAGCGAGCGUUGGAGAUUAGGUUUGGGUCUGUUGAAUAAGAGUGUAUUUAUGACGCGGAUGAGUUUUUGGAGUGGCCUGAUGCCCCCUUCCUCAUCCCUGUUUUUUCUUCAUGGGUUUGAUAAUGUCUGGUUUUGUAUUUGGAGUGUUUUUCCUUGCUUCAUUGUCGGAGGCUAUGUGAACCUUUUUUUUAAAAUGGAAGAAGCCUUAUUCACUUGA